CAUAUCAAUAAAAUAAGUUUGGUAGAACACCAGCACGAAAAAGUAUUGGAGAAUAUGGUGAUGUUAUAUCUAUCGUGAUAUAGCCUGGAUUCGAAACCAUUAAAGGACUGUGGGUUCCUAAUGAUGAUCUCCCCAAGAGUGAGUCGUCGCAACAUUGUUAUUUCACUCGUUAUUUCUCUCAAUAGAUUGGAAGAUGAGUGGAAGUACGUUCUCUGACACCCCCUGUCGAAUCUAAUAUGGACACGUGCCAGUGGGACAAUGAGCACCACCUAUUGGUCAUCAACAGGACCGGAAGUGGAGAGAUAUUUCACCUUCCGGUAGACGAAACACACUCUUAUCUGUUAAAGGGGAAACCUACGGUGGAGGAAUGGGAUGCUACCUCACGUGUCUCAGAUUUUGGUGUGGCUGUUUGCGACGGAUGUUUGUACAUCAUCGGAGGAUUUAAUAAGAUAGAUAAGAAAUAUCUCAGCAGGGUCAUGUGUUUCGACCCCCGAUAUUCGGUAUGGACGGAAAAGAAAUCACUGCUAGCCCCGCGGGCCAAGUUCUCAACCGCUAUCUUCGAAGACAAAAUCUACGUAGCGGGUGGCGAGAAGGGGCCCGGUAAAUACACUGCCUCAACCGAGAGCUACAACCCUGCCACCAACGAAUGGACCAAGUCAGGGAUGCUGCCAGAGGGGCGCCUCUACCACGACAUGUCGCCAGUGCUAUCCUAUCUGUGCACCUCUGGAGGCAUCAACAUGGGACAAGUCAACGACAAUAUUUGGUUAUACGAGCGUCACAACUGGACGAAUCUCGACGACGACUACCCCCAGACUCUCCAGUGGCCCACCUACAAGCACUCCAUGCUUACUAUUGACGAUAGGGUCUACUUCAUAGGAGGCAUACAGGAGAAGGAAGACGACCGAGGAAACAAAUACCAAGUCGCCAGCACGUCUGUUCAGUCAUUCCGCCCGGUCGUACCGGUGACGGAGGAGACGGACCUCAAAGACGACAACAAAGAUGACAUCCCCGAAGAGGAGGAAGGGAGCACCUACGGGCUGCAGGAGGACCUGAUAUGUCCCUGGGAGCGGCAUCCCUCACUGCCUAGACUGAAACAUGGGCGACAUAGUUCGGGGGCAGUGGUGCUAGGAUCAACAAUCCACGUGUUCGGAGGCACUGAUAUGAAUGGUGAAUGCGUCAGACAGGGCGAAUGCAUAGACCUGGAGACGAGAAAGCGGGAGGAAAGUGUAUUUAUCAGGAAAGGCAAUGUGGCUGACGUAGUUUGUGCAAUCUUGCGAUACGGACCGGAUAAAUCGAGCUACGAAUUACAAAUUCACUCAAACAUAUCACACAGGGAUAGAGACAGCAAUACGGAUAGAGACAGUAAAAGCACAGAUAAUAAUAGUGAACGAAACUCAGACCGAUCUCAUAGUGCGGGCAGUGUGCUGCAACCGAAGGGCUGGAUAAUGUGGUGACGACGGACCAUUAUUGAUGACCCUCCACGGGCAAAAGAGCGUACUCGUGGUACAUUUACAUUAGUUUGGCGGGACUUCUAAUUUGAUGAGGCUAUAGAUACAAUGGAUUUCAUUUAGGGCGUUUUCGUCCCGGUCACAACCACGGGAUGGAAUACACUCAGCCUUAUUGGCGGGCACUUCAAAUUCCCCGCCGGCGUGGUUAGUGGGAAGCGGAACUGUCUUCUAAAGAAUAAACGCAGUGAAGAGUGUAAACGUUAUUGUUUUCCAUAUUGAGCGCAACUCCCAAUUUCUCUGUGUUUUAUUCAAUUUCAUAAGGCGGACAAUCCGAGUGAUCGAACUGUCACCGCACCGGUCUCAGCUGAAACGGUCUUUCAUUAUAAAAACAUGAACGGAACGAAAUCGGCCGCCCCGACGCGCGCGCAAAGCCGACGGUGGCGAGUAUUGUAUAUGAUAAAAUCACAUGUAGCUUUCAUUGUAGUAUUGUAAAGUAUUUAUAUGAUAAAUAUAAAAUAAAUCA